CGACUGACUCUCAAAGCGCCUCUUUGGAACGCCAUAUACUGUUUGUACCCAGGCAACACCCGCCUUGGCGUAUAAUAAGGCGCUCGAUAUUGUCGAUCCUGCUUUGCAACAUCGACCUUAUCCGCCGGUUCUCUCCACCAUCCUGCACAUAUUUGGACUACGCGGCUAGACCAGGUCACCAUGUCUGCCGAGUGGCCCCUGGACUUCAUCUACGGCCUGCCGCAGCGGCCGCAGACGCGGUCGCUCGGUGACCACCUAGCAGAACACAUCACCGAGUCGGGUCGGGCCACAACAUUGCUCGACUGUAUCUGCAACUCACCGCGGCCAGCGAUCUGGUCCCCGGACCUAUCACGUGGGCCACUGGACCAUAGAACGAUCAAGCAUUUCAUCUCCAACUUCACCCUGCCCGUCUCGACGCGCUCGCGCGGCAAUCCGCUCAAGCAAAAUGACCGCGUGAUGAUGGCGCUGCCCACGGGCCCCGAGAACGCACUCGCGCUGCUCUCCGUCGCCGCAUACCACACCUGCGCUCCGGUCAACGCGAGCUGCACGGCCGGUGAGCUACGCGACGAUGCUGUGCGCCUGCGUGCACGUGCGGUCGUCACGACGCGUGAUGCGAUUGACCGCCUCGAGCUGUGGUCGCUGUUCGAGGAAGAAAACAUGGAGGUCAUCUUCAUCGACCCACGCGGCGUCGGGCCAGCGGGCCUCUUCGAUAUGGCCGUCCUCGAGCCGGAUGGACCGACGCCGUAUCAACUCGGCAGCCUGCCAAAGUCUCAGCUGCACGGCCUGCGCGACUCGAGUCUCGUCUUGCACACAUCUGGCACGUCCGGAAAGAAAAAGGUCGUGCCGUACUCGCUCAGGCACCUCAUCGUCGGCACAUGCUGCGUCGUGUUCUCGUGGGAGCUCAAACCAGACUCGGUCAACAUGAACAUGAUGCCGCUCUUCCAUGUCGGCGGGAUCGUCCGUAACCUGUGGGCGCCCAUGUUCUCGUGCGGCAGCGCCAUCAUGUGUGCUGGCUUUGACGCCACUGCGUGGUGGAAACUCGCCAAACAGCUCGGUGCCACAUGGUAUUACGCCGCUCCGACCAUGCACCACGCCAUCCUGGCUUCGAAGCCAGAGGGCAUCGAUGCGAGCAAAGAAACCAAGAUUAAGAUGAUCGCAAAUGCCGCCGGCGGUCUGCUGCCAUCACUGGCCGUGCAGCUCAAGGAGACAUUUAGCGGCACUGCUGUCCUGCCGUCGUAUGGUAUGACAGAAUGCAUGCCUAUCGCCUCCCCACCGACUCAUUACCAACUCGACCGGCCAGGCUGUUCAGGCAUCGCUUGCGGGCCAGACAUUUCCAUUCGCGAUCCGUUCAACCGCGAGCGUGAACUCCCUAUCGGGCAGACUGGCGCUGUUUCUGUGCGCGGCCUACCCACGUUCUCAGGCUAUGAAGUCGAGAUUGGUCAGCCGCUCGACGCAUCCUCAUUCUCAACCGAAGGGUGGUUCGACUCCGGCGACAUGGGCCACAUGGACGCUGACGGCUACAUCUACAUCACUGGUCGGUCGAAGGAGAUCAUCAACAAGGGUGGCGAGGUCGUCUCACCUUUCGAAGUUGAGGAAGCCAUCACGCAGGCAUGCAAAGAACGCGUCAAGCAAACGCUUGCCUUCUCUAUUGAACACGCCGUCCUGCAAGAGACGAUCGGCGUCGUCGUCGUGCCCGUCCCGAACCAACCACGCAUUGGCCUAGCGGAACUUCAAAACCUCCUGCGCUCCCACCUGCAUCCGUCCAAGUGGCCGUUUGCGGUAGUGUACAUGGAUGACUUGCCCAAGAACCAGGCAGGCAAGCCGUUGCGCAUCAAACUUGGUACUCGUCUCGGCAUUGGGCCCCUCUCUGACGAUGUGCCUGCACUGCAGCGGCACUUUGAGGCGAAGGCGCCCGACAAAAACGUGCCCCUGUCCGAGCCGAUCCCCUGCAACGUUGUCUCCAUUGAUGUGCGUGCAGUCGAGCGCGCCUGCUACCGCAUCCCCGGUAUCGUCGAGGCGGCCGUGCGGCAACGCAAGGACGGCGCACCGGAAGCGUUCAUCCAAGUGGAAGAGGAUGCAGAUUACGAUGCGGCAGACAUCGAUCGAGCACUGGCGCAGGUCCUUCAUGGUUACGUCGUGCCGAACCCGCUGCACGUCUUUCGUCAGCCGCUCGCCAAGGUCAACGGCCAGAUCGACUUUGACACAAUGGAGGAGGAGGUCAAGGCACAGAAUGCGUCCUCCAUGUCGCGCACGGCGAUCAUUGUCCGCGACAUCAUUGCCAAGUUGCUUGAUACCGAGUCUGGCACCAUCACGGCCGAGUCGGACUUCUUCCUGCUUGGUGGCAACAGUCUGCUGCUCGGCCGUCUGGUCCACUUGAUCCGCAAGGAGACAGGCGUCUCUCUUGAGGUCUCUUCGCUCUUCAACAACUCGACCGUCGCGGGCAUCGCAGAGGUCAUCGAGGAGGAGAUCGGCGACGGAGAGGACGACGAAGAUGAUGACAUGGAUGGAUACUACGAUGAGAAGAGCGGCCUGCCCAGCUCUAGCUUCCUCGGCGCCCAUCGCUACGACGAUGAUGACCCUAGCGACACGCUGUCCAGCCAUGACUACCAGCCUCGCAGCCAGAGCCACCCGUGGGUCAUGUUCAUCCAACUCAUGCCACUCCUUUUCUUCUACCCUUUCAAAGCGGCCUGGACGUGGACCGUCAUCCUGCACGGCCUCGCCUUCUCGGCUUAUUACAUUUCUGACAACUUCUGGGAGCGCGUAGCCGUCCUGCUCGCCUCGCUGAUCGUCGCAAGGUUUACAAGCCGUAUCAUCUGCCCCGUCACUGCCAUCGCGUUCAAGUGGCUCAUCAUAGGCCGGUACAAGCCUGGCAAGUACCCCAUGUGGUGCAACUACCAUCUGCGCUGGUGGAUCGUCAACCAGUCGCUCAAGACGGCUGGAAAGGGUCUCUUUGGGCUGACCCCCGAUCUUCAAAAGUGCUACUACCGUCUCCUCGGGAUGUCCAUCGGCUCAGACGUCAAGAUCGACAAGUAUGCUAAGCUAGGCGAGUACGACCUGAUCACUGUUCACGAUGGGGCACGUAUCGACAAGUCGCUCGUUCGCGGGUUCUGCGUUGAGCGCGAUGGCUACUUCCGUCUGGAGCCUAUCAUCAUCGGCCGCGACUGCGUCGUCAACACCUUCACCCAGAUCUCGCCCGGUGCACGCCUUGCUGACGGCACUGUCUGGGGCCCGCAGUCGUCCUCACACGAGGAGCCGUCCUCCGAUGCGUACGCAGCAUUCAACAGGGCAGGUAUCCCGCGUCCCUCUUUGUGGCUGAUUGCGUUGGUCGGCGUCCCGAUCCGAUUCUUCGUCAAAUUCCUCGGCUAUGUGCCCUGGUUCGCAGCGCUUUUCAUGCUUCUCUCGCAGCCAUUCUCGUUCAACAGGCACGACAGCAUCGAGGGCGUCAUUGCCUGGUUCGCCUACCCGCGCCGUAUUGGAUGGCAUUACGUCGCUCGCGUCGUGCGCAAUGCCAUGCCGCCGCUCAUGAACCUCAUACUCGGUGUCGUCGUCAAACGUUGCUUCGGCCUCAACCGCGAGGGCUCCAUGCGCAACGCCACGGAGCUUUCGCUGCUCCGUCGCUGGAUUGGGGCCGAGCUGUUGUCUCAACCCCAGUUGAGACGUGCUUUCUCGCUCCUGGGUACGCACUAUGAAAUGACCUCCGUCAUCUAUCGUGCCAUGGGCGCCAAGAUCGGCCGACGCGUCUAUUGGCCAGGCUCUGGCAUCUACUGCCCAGACCCGGAGCUGCUAGAGAUUGGCGAUGACGUCGUUUUUGGCUCACGUUCCGAAGUUUUUACUUCCGACAGUAUUGGCUGGGCUCGCGUGCGCGUCGGACGCGGGGCGAUGAUUGCGGACAGAGUCGUGCUUCUACCCGGAUGCAGCAUUGGCAAACAGUGCGUCAUGGGCUCCGGUGCCUUGGCACGCCGCAAUGGUUCCUACGAGGAAAACUCGGUGUGGAUGGGUGCAAAGAACGGCGAGGCUGUCAGCUUCGGCAAGGCCGCCAAGCAAGAAGCCAUGGGCGGCGAGGACGAGACGCUCACGCCAUUCGGUCGCGCGUUCUACAAACGCCAAGCCAACUUCUUUGUCUUCCCGUACUUGAUGCUGGUGACCAUCAACAUCUUCAUGUCCGUCUUCGCCUCGGCCUACUGGGCGACUCCAGCCGCCGCGACAGUUCUGCUCCUCAACUUUCUCCGAAGUAAAUUCGGAGAUAAGGCCGCAUUUCUGUUCGCCGAUCACUGGUACCGCCCCGGGCUUCUCUAUGCAUCCAUCGCCAUUUGUUUUGUCAUCAUUAUGUUCAUUCAGUGCAUGCUCGCCUUUGCAUGGGUAAUCGGAACUAAGUGGGCCGUCAUUGGAAGACGCCGCGAAGGGCGAUACGACUGGGACAAGAGCAGCUACUGCCAACGCUGGCAGCUUCACCUUACGCUCCAGCGCUUGCUAGGGAGAGGCUUUGGCGGCCAUGUCAUUGGCUGCAUCUCUGGCUCGAUCUACGCUGUCUGGUACCUGCGUGCGCUCGGCGCUCAUAUUGGCCGCGAGUGUGCGAUCUGGGCAGGUGGCAAGCCGUCUUUGCAGCUGACUGAACCGGAAAUGGUCACGAUGGGCGAUUACGUCUCGAUCGAUGACGCGUCUGUCGUCGCUCACAUCAACUCCAGAGGGCGUUUCAGCCUCAACAAGCUUCGCAUUGGUGACGGCUGCGCCAUGCGUUCAGGGAGUCGUCUUCUCUCAGGUGCCAGCAUGGAGCCGCGCUCGAUCCUUUUGGAGCACACGCUCGUCGCCUCAGGCGAGAUUGCAGAGGCUGGCGCUGUCUACGCUGGCUGGCCAGCGCGACAGCUGCGCGUCCGCAAGCCAAAGGCACCGUACGCCGAUGGAGGGGAUUCGUCGCGCACGAGCAGCACGAUCAACAUCGGCAACAAGGGCGGAUUUGACUACAAGGGGUCCCCCAACGGCACGCCUUAUGGCUCUCAAAAUGGGCACGGCUGGAACGGGCCGGCAAGUCCGCUGAUGCAGCAGCAGACAUUCGGGUUCAAAUGAUCGCACAUCCUCCAUACCGCUGUGCUCCGUACCACACCAUACCACAACCACAUCACAUCAUGCUGCGCAACACACACCAGUCUUUUCGCAAGUGUGCACGACUUUGAAUCAUAGCAACCGACUCUGUCUCCAAGCGCGAGAUCUGUUCUUUUGUAGUCUUAGAUGAACACGAUAAUCAUUUUA